ACAAUGAAUGCUUAUCUAUUGCGUGUUCUCAACUAUUACUGGACUCUGUAUGAUGAAUGCAUUACAUUCCGUUUUGAAUUCAAGCGAUUAUUUGAAGAAAUCGUCCGAAAGAAUGAAAAAAAAGCGUUAUUGUAUGAAAAAGAUUUCAAUAAUAUGUAGUGUUUUGUAAUUAAGCAGUGUUAAAAAAAAAUAAGUUUUUAUUUUGAUAAAAGUUUAAAAUUACUACCAAGUGAAAGAAGUGUAUCGAUGUGGUUAAAGUUAUGUGUUAAUUAUGAACAUUCAUUCAUUUGACUAAUCUAUCGUCAAUUUCAAUAACGAAAAAAUUCAAGACAUAAUCAAGGUUAUAGUAAUGGAGAAAAACGAAGUUAUCUGUAUUUCAUCUGAUGAUGAUGAAAAGGUCAACGAUAAACAGAAGUCUCUGUCUUGUGAUGAAAAAGUUAAUGAAUUUAAUUCUGUAAAUAUAAGUAGAGAGUUAUUGUAUAACAAUGAAAAAAAAGAUAUAGCUAAGCAAAAACGCAAAAUAUCAGAAGUCGAUGAUACGUCGAACAUAAAGAAUAAUGGUAUAGAUAAAAAAAUGAAGACAAAAUUAAGUCAAGAAGUGAAUGGUCAGUUAGCAGAGGAUAGUGACAAACAAAAUGAUAUUAAAUCACAAACGUGUACAUCUACACCUGUAAAUAGUGGUAUUGUUAAACCUAAGUUGAUUAUUAAAGAAAAGAAAAAUAUAUCCGUUAUAGAACCAGAUAUAUUUCCUAUGUUUAUCAGUUUAUGUUUACAAAAGAAACGAGAACCGGCAAUGGAAAUUAUUGUUAAUAAACUUAAAAGACGAUACGAGUUAAUGAAUCCUAUAUAUGCAAAAUCGGAAGUUUUUCAGAAUUUUUUGAACAGAAAACGUAAUGCUAUAUUGUCUUCUGAUAAUAUGAUAUAUCAUCAUAUUAUGGAUGUUAAGACUGAAAUGAAAGCUAGAGCUAAAGGAGCUUUAAAAACUGUUCAAAGUAAAACAAAUAAAAGUAAUGUUUCUAGUGAUAUAUCAAGUUCAAAAGCAUCUUCAUCUCCAAGUAUUUUUAAUAAUACGGAAAUGAUGGAUAUAGAUGAAGAAGAUUACGAAGAUAACACUAUGGAUCCUCAUAUAGAGAAAAGACUUAAGAAAAUAGUGAAAGUAAUGAAUAUAUGUGAGAAAAGAAUAAAAAUGUUAGAAGAGGCUGAAGUAGAUUUUGACGAUGAAGAUAACAGUAAUUACAUUAAGCUUGAAAAAUAUAAGGAAAGAAUGGUAAACCUUUACAAUGAAUAUUGUCGUAUAACAGGUGAUAAUGCAGAUGCAGGUCGUCCAUAUUUGAGACCCAAGCAUUUAAAUCCAACUCAAAUUGUUAUUGUGGAUCAAGCAAUCACAAAUUUCAUAAAUGCAAAGAUCACUAAAAGAAACAAACUAAAAAGAAAUGGUAGAUUUACAGACGAUUUAAUAUUUCCAGAUUACACAGACAUCUUGAAAUGUGUUUCAGAUUGUAAUGAGAAAAAUAAUUUAGGAUUAGAUAAAAAAAAACAAUCUCAGAUCGCUAAAAAGGCAUUUACAAAUUUGGGAGAACAUUUACAACGUGCUAGACGCAACGAUUACUGGGAUACGUUUUCCCUAUGUUUGGAAAAUAAACAAGAAGAUCCAGCCUUAAUAGAUCGAGAUCUUGCACAAAAAUUACGUACAAAUCGAGAGAUCGGAGAACAAAAGUUAACUCAAGUAUUUCAAGACUAUGUGAGAAAACAAGAAGAAAUGAAUAAUUCUUCAUUAAAAAAUAAGGCAAAUAUAGAAAAUGAUGACAAUGAAGAUCAGAAUAUAGAGUCUAAAGAUGAGGAUGAACAUAGUGAAGAGGAUAAUGAAGAUGAUGAAGAUGAAAAUGAUAUUAUAGAAGGAGAAGAUGAAAACGAUAUUGUAGAAGGUGAAGAUGAAAAUGAUAUUGUAGAAAGUGAAGAUAAAGAUGACAAAGAUAAAGGUGACAAAGAUGAAGUAGUUAUCGAUAGCAGUGAACAAAAUAUAAAGAAGAACGAACAUCAUAUCUUGGAAAAUGAGAUGAGUUUAGAAAAUGAUCUAACAAAUACAUGCGAGGAUAAAGAUAGCAAGGAUGUAUUAAUAACAAAUAUAAAAGAAGUAAGAUGUGAUAUAAAACACUUAAAGCUUGACUCUGCGCUUUUUGAAAAGGCGAAUGAGUCAGAUUCAGCAAUACAAUCAGAUGUAUCGGUUAUUCAACAAUCAUCGACAUUAAAUAACAAUGAUACUAAAGAUGAAUCAGAUGAAAUUAUGCUCUUGGAUAAUGACAGCGAUGAAAUAACAGGAGGUAAUAAACCUCUACUACGAGUACGUUCAUUUGCAAAACAUCCUACAACUUGGGAAGACAACAAGCAAAAAUUUCAAAAUGCGGGAAAUGGAGCAACAAAAGAAGUGAUUGAUCUCACAAAUGAUGUAGCUAUAACAAAAGUAGAGGUACCUAAUUUUAAAAUUCAGGCAGCAAUACUUCCUUCGAAGAGUAAAUAUAAAACUGUGCUGAUACCUGCAAAUUUGGCAAAUAAAAGUAUUAUCAAUGUUAAGAAUAUUACAAAUAAUUACUUAAAAGUUAAUCCAAGAGAUAUUAGUUCAAAUAAAUCAUCAAAUGUAAAAUCUUUAUCUGUGGUACAACAAGUAGUUGAUGUAAGUUCCGUUAAUACUAUUAUACACUUACCACAUUCUUCUGAUCAACAAAAUACAAAUAAUAAUGAAAAUAAUAACGAAACAAAACAGAAUAAGACUAUCGUGCACCUUCUUGUACCAGCAGAACAAGUACAUAACAACAAUUCAUUAGGAAUGUCUAUUAUAGGAAGUUCAAUAAAUAAGCCAAAAUGACUGCGAACGAAACUAAUGAACGAAAAUAUAUAUAUUUCGAUCAUUAUAACGACAUGUGUGUACAUUAACAUUAAGUAUUUUAUAUGUAUAUUUAAACAUUAAAAUAAUUAUAUUUAUAUGUAGAAAUCAA